GUAUCCAUGGGAGCAUCUGUAGGAGCAGUAACAAGACAGACCCUGUUCCCUCCUCUCAUGCCUGCAGGGAGACCUUUCCGUGUGUCCAAUGCCUCCCGGAGCAGCCGGAAAGGAAUUGUUGCAAGCAGUCUGAAAGAGCUCAUCAGCAAGACUUUAGAUGCCUUCAUUAUAUCUGCUGGAAUAGUUACUCUGGUUUUGGAGGAAGAUGGCACAGUUGUGGACACAGAAGAGUUCUUCAAUUCCCUGGAUGAUAAUACACACUUCAUGGUUCUAGAAAAAGGACAGAAAUGGACACAGACAAAAAAUGGAGUUGUUGCUGUGAGACAAAAGAAGAAAAUGGGAGUAGCUAACAUCACAUUUGAUCUGUACAAGAUGAACCCUAAGGAUUUUAUUGGGUGCUUAAACAUCAAGGCAACCUUCUAUGAAAUCUACUCUAUCUCAUAUGACAUCAAAUGCAUGGGAGCAAAAAGCAUAUUGCGGAAGGUGCUUCAGCUGAUGUCCCAUGCAGCACAAAUAACUGGACAGUUUCUUCUCUAUACUGGAACAUAUAUGUUGCAGAUGAUGGGUGAAUAUGAUGAAGAUGACAUGUGUGCGAGAUCAAGGCAGGCAUAGUGAACACAGCUGCACUUCUGAUAUCAGAUUCUUUUGCUUAAAGACAUUCUCUUACCCAGUUUUGAUUCAAAUAAUGUUAUGUUAGGGGAAUGUCCACCAAUGUGAACUAACAUUUUUCCCAUUUGGGAAUGCUUGUAGGCCUUAGUCAUUGGAAUAAGUGUUUGGUGUUCACAGGCUCUUAACACCACAAAAGGAUGAGUGCCUCAUGUCUGAGAAUUCAGCAAAAGGAGAGAGGGCAGGUUUUUGCCCCAGCAACUCAAAAUGGAGAAUAGGUAUACUUGGAAAUUUGCAUGCUUUGU